UCACCAGUGUGAUUUGAGAAGGCGAAAAGAUUGGUAGAAUUAGCCGGACGAUAUAAACGCAAUAACGAUCAAAGUGGCAAAGCACAAACUAUAGGCCCACAGUGUCACCAACAACAACAAGAACUACUAACACUACACUACCAACAACUCCAUCAAUAUCACUCAACAGUAGAGCGAAAACUGCCAGCUAACAAACGAACGAACUAACCAACCAACCAACCAGUCAAGUCAUUCCAGAUACAGUAGCAAAAACGUCCAUUUGUAAUUUUUUCCAUAUGUAAUUGCAAUACACAUGCGGCGAAGUUUUUGACGAGAAUAGGCUAAACAGAAGCUGUAGUGAAAUAAAAAUUGAAGUGCAGUAGCACAUACGAGGGUGAAAUUAAAAGAAAAGUGAAUAAAAUAAAUAUACAAAAUAGGAAAUAAAAAUUGAGAAAGUGCAACACAAUUUAAAUGAAUAAUUAAACAAAAAUUUUAAAGUAAAAUAUUUGAUUUUAAAAGUACAUAGAAAGUCAAGGCUUCUUCUAUAAAUGGAAUGAAUUUACUACUGAAUCAUUCAAAAUUCAAAAGUUGAAACGCAAAAACAAACAAAGCAAAAAGAGAGAAAAUCACAAGAACUGAGCGACGCACGUUUGGAGGCAAAUUAGAUACCAGGAAAGGAGAUCCGUUGCUUAAUUAGUGCUUGAGAGGAUUACGGCAACAAGAUGGCCCUCUUUGGGAUGGUCUCAGCCGUUUCCGGCUUUGUGAAAAUUCGAAGUCUUUUGGAUCGUGCCGUUAUCGACAAUAUGGUUUUUCGCUGCCACUACAGAAUUACCACAGCGAUUUUAUUUGUUUGCUGUAUCAUUGUAACGGCGAAUAAUUUGAUUGGUGAUCCCAUCGCCUGCAUCAAUGACGGCUCCAUACCAAUGCAUGUCAUCAACACGUUCUGUUGGAUUACCUACACAUUCACCAUACCCGGGCAACAGCACCGACAAAUUGGCACCGAUGUGGCAGCUCACGGUUUGGGUAACGAACAUGGACAAGAGAAACGCUUUCACAGCUACUAUCAAUGGGUGCCAUUCGUAUUGUUCUUCCAGGGCCUCAUGUUCUAUAUGCCACAUUGGAUUUGGAAGAAUCUGGAGGAUGGUAAAAUGCGCAACAUCACCGAAGGCCUGCGCGGCUUCAUCACCAUACCCGACGAUUAUCGCAAGGAUCGUCAGGCGCGUAUCAUUAAAUAUCUGAUGGACAGCUUGAAUUCGCAUAACGGCUACUCGUUCGCUUACUACUUCUGUGAGGCAUUGAAUUUUGCCAAUGUCAUAUUGAACAUCUUCUUGGUUGACAAGUUUUUGGGCGGCACUUUUAUGACUUACGGCACAGACGUGAUUAAGUUCUCAAAUAUGGAUCAGGAGCGCCGCUACGAUCCGAUGAUUGAAAUAUUUCCACGUUUAACCAAGUGCACCUUCCGCAAAUUCGGUCCGGGCGGUUCACCACAGACCCACGACACUUUGUGUGUACUGGCAUUGAAUAUUUUAAAUGAGAAGAUUUAUAUUUUCCUGUGGUUCUGGUUCAUUAUUUUGUCGGUGAUCUCUGGCAUAGCACUGGUUUACUCACUCGUCGUCAUAAUGAUGCCAACUACACGCGAAACCAUCAUCAAGCGUUCAUAUCGUUCGGGGCAAAACAAGGAAAUUCAAAGUUUAAUACGUCGUUUGGAUAUUGGUGAUUUCCUCAUUUUGCACUUUUUGGGACAAAAUGUCAACACUAGGUACUACUGCGAAAUGAUACAAGAGCUCUGCAACAUACUCGGCAGUUCUCGCACUCCUUCGGCACCAUCCACAUUGGAAAUGCAUCCCAUGUAUCCGCAAACAGAUCGCUUCGGCAAGGAGACGGAGACAUAAAUGCAUUUCCCCUGCAAGACUUUUGCUCUGGCAGAGCAAAACAAUGCCUAGCAACCGAAACGAAAAUAGGCAACCGUGGAAGAAAUACAGAAGUAAAAACUUUAAAGCAGUUUAAGCGCCAUUUUAAAAUAAAAUACAAAUAAAAAUUUAAUGAAGUGAAGCAAUGCAAACAGCAGCAAUCGGCAAAUGUUGUGUUACGAUGUGUUUAAGCCUGCAAAACUGACAGGUCGCAAUACAUCGCUUUCACAAAUGCGCCACCUUAAUUGAUGAUAUACCUUGGAUCCACUCCAGAGCAACAACAACAACAACAAUGCCUGCAUCAAAAUUGGUGUAUACUUAAAUUUAAGACUGUCUUUUUCGGUUUUUGACAAAACAAAAAAUUAAAAAAGGAAUAAGAAUACAAGAAAAUAGUGUAAUUUUAAUUCAAACAGCGGCAACAUAACACAGCCAAGCAAAAAUAAGAAUGUUUGCUUGUUAGCUGAGAAAAUGAAAAAAUGAAAACC